CAUCUGCAGUUGCAGUUUCUACGUCCAGUCUCAGGGAAAUAGAGCACUGUCCCAGUCUGCAAAAAUGCUAACAUUAGCAUCUGAAACGAGCGACUAUAAGAAGUGACGCCUGGCAAUUCGAGAGAUAUUCUCUGCGGAACUGAGCGGAGAGGAAACGGGAUUCUGUCCACGCGCACAGAAAGCCCGUCCAAACCAACACGACGCUCCAUAAAGAAACCACCACACACCGUCGCCCGAGAAUAUGGGACAGGAGGGAAGUGUCUGAAGGGGGAAGGCACACGCACUAGCACUGCUGUUUCAGUUUUAGGUUUUUAAGGUUGAGACCCAAAAACAUGGAGGCCACAAACAUCCUGCCCCUUCUGAAGAAAAAACUGGCCUUUCUGUCAGGGGGAAAGGACCGUCGCAGUGGGCUGAUCCUCACUAUCCCCCUCUGCACGGAGCAGACCAGCAUGGAGGAGCUCAGCGCCACCCUCGACUACCUGCUGGCCAUCCCCAGUGAGAAGUGCAAGUCGCGGGGCUUCACGGUGAUCGUGGACGGGAGGAAGUCUCAGUGGAGCGUGGUGAAGACUGUGGUGCUGAUGCUGCAGAAUGUUAUUCCACCGGAGGUGUCCUUGGUAUGCGUCGUCAAGCCUGAUGAAUUCUGGGACAAGAAGGUGACUCACUUCUGUUUCUGGAAAGAAAAGGACCGGCUAGGCUUUGAGGUUAUUCUGGUUUCAGCCAAUAAGCUCACACGCUACAUUGAGCCCUGCCAGCUGACCGAUGAGUUUGGAGGAACUCUCGUCUAUGAUCACGUGGACUGGCUGAAUAAACGCCUGGUCUUUGAGAAGUUCACCAAGGAGUCCACAUCCCUCCUGGACGAGCUCACCGUCAUCAAUGAGAACGAGAAAGUGAGCCAACCUGAUAAAGAACGACCUGCAGACUGUGGCUUGCUGCCCUCUCUUGACCCUGAAACAGUGCUACAGAACGGUCACGAGCUGCUGUCAGAGCUGCAGCAGCGGCGUUUUAACGGGUCUGAGGGGGGCACGGGGACCGCCUGGUCCCCCAUGGACGACGAGCUGCUGGCCCAGCCGCAGGUGAUGAAGCUCCUGGACUCUCUGCGGGAGCAGUACACCAAGUACCAGGAGGUCUGCCGGCAACGCAGCAAGCGCUCACAGCUGGACGAGAUCCACACCAAGGUCAUGCAGGUGGUGAACUGGCUGGAGGGGCCAGGCACGGAACAGCUCCGCACACAGUGGGGAAUCGGCGACUCCAUCAGGGCCUCCCAGGCCCUGCAGCAGAAGCACGAGGAGAUCGAGAGCCAGCACAGCGAGUGGUUUGCGGUGUACGUGGAGCUGAACCAGCAGAUCGCCGCCCUGCUGAACUCUGGGGAUGAGGAGGACCUGGUGGACCUGAAGGGGCUCCAGCAGCAGCUGAGUGACGUGUGCUACAGACAGGCCAGCCAGCUGGAGUUCAGACAGAACGUGCUGCAGUCCGCCCACGACUUCCACAGCACCGCCCAGGACUUGUCCCAGCAGUUGGACGGGCUCCUGGGCAUGCUCUGUGUGGACGUGGCCCCAGCCGAUGGAGCCGCCAUCCAGCAAACCCUGAAGCACCUGGAGGAGAAGCUCAAGAGUGUGGAGGGAACUUUGCAAGGCCUGAGGGAGAAAGGACAAGUUCUGCUGGACCAAAUCUCCACCCAGACGUCCUGGUCCUACGGGAAGGAUGUGAACGUUGAAAACAAAGAGAACGUAGACCACAUCCACAGUGUCAUGGAGGACAUGCAGCUUCGGAAACAGAGGUGCGAGGACAUGGUGGAUGUACGGAGGUUGAAGAUGCUUCAGAUGGUUCAGCUGUUUAAGUGUGAAGAGGACGCUGUGCAGGCAGUGGAGUGGCUGGGGGAGCUUCUCGAUGCUCUGUUGAAGACCCAUGUCAGACUAGGAGACGAUGCUCAAGAAUCAAAAGUGCUUCUGGAGAAACACAAGAAGUUUGUGGACGUCGCUCAGAGCACCUACGACUAUGGCAGGCAGCUGCUGCAGGCCACCGUGGUGCUCUGCCAAUCCCUGCGCUGCACCACGCGGUCCUCGGGCGACACCCUGCCCCGCCUGAACCGCGUGUGGAAGCAGUUCUCCGUGUCCUCGGACGAGCGGGUCCAGAGGCUGGACAUGGCCUCCUCCUUCCACCGCGUGGCCGAGAAGGUGCUGAAGGAGGGAGCAGAACAGGGAGAUGACUUUGAGGGAGACUUUGAGGCCUAUGAAGAGGUGGAGACCAUAGGGCGGACUCUGCUCGACAGGCUAACAGUCCCUGUGGUUUUUCCUGAUGGGAGCGAGCAGUACUUUGGCAGCCCCGGUGACAUGGCGGCCUCGGCCAGAGCCAUCAGGGACAGGAUGAAGCUGGCAGAGCUGAAGAGGAUGCAACAGGAAGAGGCGGAACCUCCGCAGGAAGACGAUCUGGAGACGGCCCCCCAGGACAGCUAAUGAAUUCUCCCAGGUGCUUCCCAGGAGCCAGGACUCCCGUAGACCCCAUACCCCCCAUACCCCCCUCCACCCCCAUCCGUCAGACCCCCAGAGCCGUACUACUGUACCCUGCUCAGCUACGGAGCCCACAGCCCUCUGCUCCUGCUAUCAUACUGUAUACAUACUGAAAAAACUAUCAGAAAAACACAUCUCCGCUGCUUCUGGAAGCGCAGAAUGCCUGGAGAACUUCUUCAUUUAGAGUCCCUAACUCCUGCUUUCUUCCGUGUUCUGCGGCACUCCAGACUUUCUCGGCCUUAGGUGAACUUCCUGUUUGUAGACAGUGAGAAAUGUAUUUCCUGUCCUUUCCUGUUUUUAAAUAGCCGGUGGCCAGCACAUCUUUUUUUAACAGUGCCAACGCGCAAAGCCAUCCUGAAGCCCUUUUGUACUAGCUGAAACUGCCUAACCCACCAUUUUUAGAUUGUUAUUAUGAACUCAUUAUGCAGGUACGUAAACCAGCUUUUUAAAAAGGCCCCGAUUUACUGUGGUACAUUAAUGUUAAACAUCACCUCAAAGGCUUUGUUCCAAUCCUGGGCUAGAAUGAAAACUUAAUAGAAUUACAAUGGACAUUAUUUUUCAGAAUUCCAAAUUGCCAUUAACAGUAUAUGUUUCCUGUAUCUUUAAGUACGCUCUUAAAAUGUCAAUACAAUAUUUAUUUCUUGAUUUUGUUUUGCUGUAGUUUCUGUAACAGAUAUUCCUAUGACAGUUUUGCAUUUGCAGGUAUAAUUAUGUAUUUUAUUCAGAUCUAGGUCAUAAAAAGAUUUUUUUAUAAUGAUAUCCCUUAAUGAUCAAGCCUGUGUAAAGGGCAGAUUGUAACUGUGUACAAAAGUCAGAAAUGAUUAGUGCGGCAUUUAAAUAUCAUACAAGUCCUGACAUUUUGUGGUAUCAGUGUGAUAUUUAUUUCUAGACUGAAUGAAAUGUAUUCAUUCAAUGUCAUUUUGCAAAGGAAAUGCAUCAUUUCGAAAACUGAGCUGGGAGCUGUGGAACCAUCAAAUGUAGUGCAAUGAUGUUGUAGUGUGAAAUUUGGCCACAAGGCGGCGCAAACGUGCCUCCGGCAUUGAGUGGAAAUUCCGUGGUAGUUUUGGUAAGGGGGACAGUGGAAGCUGGCGAGUAGAAAUGGUGGAUUUCCAGUGCUUUGUUUGGCUCUUGCCGGCUUUAGGAGUCCUCUGUUCAUGAAGUGAUGUGUAACUGUGCUUUCAUUUGACUGGAAGUGAUGUCUGAUGCAUGGCAAGUAGUCUCAAGUCUCAGCUCUUGUUGUAGAAAUGGUGAUCUUCACUCCUGGUCCUGGAGACCCGCAGGGUGUGCUGGUUUUUGUUGUUACUCAGUACUUAAUUGAUCAUUUAAAGCAGUUGUUCAAUUAACUCGCCUCGCCUGGUUUCUUGAGACUGAAUUGGUAGCUGCUAAGACAAAAACCAGCACACCCUGCGGCUCUCCGGGACCAGGAGUGAAGAUCAGUUUUAGCAAUGUGGCAUUUGUAGCAUUUAGAUAUUUUAUAAUGCCGUUUUAUAUAUUAUCUUAAAGCUGCUGUUUUCUGAAUGUGAAAUGAGCUCCAUAAAUAGGUAUGAGCUUUUACAUAGAUUUUUUUUUCUUUUUUCAAAGUGGCCUUCAGUUAGUAUAUAUCGUUUACGAUUUGCUUAGCGAAGGAUCUGAGAAUAUAGCGAUUACCUUGAAUUCUGCAGAUCUGUAAUAUGUGCUUACUGGACGCUUGUAAAUGAUUAACUGAUGGAAUAUGAAGGGAAGUUAUGAUUUAUUGUGACCCCCCCUGAUAUCUCUCAGUGUCGCUGCUGCUAAUUUCUGUGGAAUACUUUAUAGCAUAACAACCCACCCCCCACCCCUUCUCCUGUGAUCCUAAUACAUGGAACAGUUUUACACCAUGUUGUACAAUACAGCAAACUCAAAUACAAACGUACUUCCUGAAAA